AUCCCGUUUCAACCCUAACUACACCUAAAACUCACCCCUCUGUUUGCCCCUUUCCCUCCCCGUCUCCCCUUUACAAAAUCAACGCCUUUUCCCUCUCAAAUCAAAUCAUGGGAAAAUACUUGAGAAAAGCUAAAAUUACUGGUGAUGUUGCAGUCAUGGAGCCCUCUCUUGGUGUUCGCACUAGAGCAAGAACUCUAUCACUUCAAUCUUCUUCAACACCACCCUCUGCUUCUGACUCUUGUUACCUUCAACUUCGCUCCCGCCGCCUUCACAAACCACUCUCGAACCCCCAGGAACACCCACAAUCUGCUUCUGUUGGGUCAGUUUCAAUUACCCAAAAAGGUCGGGUAACAGAGGAUGUGGAUGCUGAAAUCUCAUUUGGAGACAAUACUCUUGAUUUUCAACACAGAGAAAGCAGUAGAGAAAGCAAACCUUGCAGCCUGGUGAGGGAGGUGGAUGCUAUGGUCAACCCUGGUUCUGCGACAAGGCGAACAGAGUUAAACACAACAACUCAAAUAACAAGGAACUUUAUCCUUAGAAAUAUCCCUUCAGCUCAUGAAAUCGAGGAAUUUUUCACCUUUGCUGAACAGCAACAGCAGCGCCUUUUUAUGGAGAAGUACAACUUUGAUGUGGCAAAUGAUUCACCGCUUUCUGGCCGGUAUGAAUGGAUUAGGGUGAAUCUCUGAGCUGGGGGCCUAGAAGAUCUAAAUUUGGAAUAGGGGCGUGAAGUUACUGGUUAUUUUAUGUUCUCUCCCCCCCAAACUAAAUUAUUGUAUAAAUAGAGUGGUGUAGUUUUAGUUAUCUGUUAGAUGGCAGGAUUACACAUAACUAACAAUUUGGAAGUAGAAUAGGAGGCAUAAAUUGUGGAUUGGGCUUUGACUGUCUUUUGUAACUUGCAAGGUGACAUAGCCAACGGCUUCGUUUUUUAUUCCCUAGUAAUCAAUUUAUUAUUUAGCUCA